CAUUUACUUGGGCUCAAAGAACCUGCUUACACAGGAAGCGAAGGGGGUACCUGUGUGCCACGCGUACAGACCGCACUGAACAGGUUACAAGGAUCUGUAUACUUCAUAAAAUAUAUGUCGGUAUGAGCCACUGCAUGUUUAACAGGGGCCCUUGCCUGAGGGUGUGAACCUGGAAUUGAAAAACAGCCUUGACGCGAAGCUUGACCCAGGCCGCACCGUAAGCACAGACGAUAUGCUAGCUUAGGUACGGAGUGGCAAACAUUACACACAAAUGAGCGGAGCUGGAGGAGCGGCCUCUCCGGCAAGCUCGGCCCCGGCGGCCAGCGUCGCGCAACCCCUGCUGUCGGAGGAAUCUUUGCUGUUUUCCCGUAGCCUUGUAAGGGAAAAGGCGGGCGAUCAUGUUAACGAGGUCCGCUUCCAUUGCCCCGUCACGGUCACCCGCAUCGUCCUAUCGGACCCGGGUACGGCCGGCCGCGGCAGCACCCAGCAGUCCCCGCCUCCGCCCCAGCAGCAGGCGCCGCUGCUGCGGGUGUUUGCUCGCGACCUACAGCACCCGGGCGCCUGCCGCUUCGCGCCGCUGUGCCCCAGCAACCUGUCCGUGGCAGCGGGACAGAGCAGCAGCAGCUUCCCAACGGAGCCCGUGGUCACUGACCACGUCAUCCUGCGCGGCCGUUACCUGGCCGUUGACGUUCAGUUGUACGGCAGGACCGAAUACGACACCGCUGCGGUCGUUGCAACUGCCAUCGGUUCCGCCGCCUCCUGCGGCCACCCACUGGACUCAGAGGAAGUGCAGCUGCUGCGGAAACAGCAGCAGCAACUCCAACAGCAACAGUCCCCCAAAGGCUCCGGUGCUGCUGCUGCUAAUGCCACAGCCGCCAAGCGGCCGCGGCUGAUGCAGCCGCUCAUGUCAGUUCCGCUGCGGGUGCCCCACCCGGAGGUGGUGUCGGUAGGGGCGCAGCAGCAGCAGGCCGCUGGUGGUGAGGGCGGUGAGGCUAGUAAGGCGCGGCAGUGGCCGGACGGCGUCCUCAUGCCGGCUCCGCAGCUUAUUCCUCCAGGCUCCUCGCUGCUCCCGCUGGAGUCCGUCCCCCCCGCGCUGCUGGCGGCGCUGCGGGUGGCCGCGGAGUACUACGGGGAGGUGGGGCGCAGCCACGGCCGCAUCGCAGCGAACGGUCCGGCGGGGCGGCUGGCGGGGGUGAUGGCGGCGGCCAAGCAUGUGUGCCGGGCGCUGGCGGGUCAGACCUCGGAUCUGGAGAUGUUCCUGGCUGCCGAGCCGGCUGGGGGCGGUGCGGCGCUGGGGCGUGGGGAGCUGGAGUCGCUGUGCGACAUGGCUUGCGAGUGGUGCCUGCUGCUGGCGUCGGGCAGGUCCAGCAAGCUUGAGGAGCUGACUGUGGGGCUGGCGGGGCUGGCAUGCGCAGUGCUGCUGGCCGUGUGUGUGCCCGCGGCGCCGCUGUUGAUGGCCAUGGGCGUGGCAGGACAGGCCGUCCGGGCGCUGUGCCUGUCCAACCCGCCGGCGGACCUGGUGCGGCUUGCGGUGGCAUGCUUCGACGCGCUCACCCUCACCUGCCCCGCGCCCGCAGCGGAGGUGCUGCUCGCGAGGUACCGCCCGCCGCCACCGCCACCGCCGCCGGCACCGGAGGGCACGGAGGAGGGGGCUGAGGCAGCAGCGGGGAGUGCUGAGGGUGCGGUGAAGAGGGAGGUCAAGGAGGAGGAAGAGGAGGAGAGAGGCGAUAAGCCGAGAGGAGUGGCGGCUGCUGCAGCCGGCCUCAAGUCCGAAGCUCCAGCUAUCGGUGGUGGCGACCGCGGCGGCAACGGCCCAAUGUACGGUGACGUCCAGGCUCGCGGCGACGGCGACGACGACGGACGCCGCCGCCGGCAGUCCUCCAGCGGCGGCGGCGGCGGCGGUGAGGUUGGGAGUCCCAGUAAGGCUGGCGGCGGAGGCGGCGGCGAGGGCCGGCCGAGACGCGGCAGUACCGGGGCGCUUGUUCGCACGGGCAGCGGCGGCGGAGGUGCCGCUGAGGAGGCAGCAGAUGUGAUGGAAGAUGACCAAGGGCUCUACGAAGGGUUUUAUGACGAGUUUGACGAUUACUACGGCGGCGGCGGCGGCGAGGAGGAGUACGACGUGGCGGCCGCCGCCGGUGCUGAGGCCGCCGCGGAAGGCGCUGACGGCGGAGCUGGCGGCGACGGCGACGCUGCGAUGACGGAGGCAGAUCAAGCCGGCGGCGACGGCGGCGAGGGACAUGGGGAUGACGAGGGCGGCCGAAGAAACACGGGCGACGGCCGCAGCAGUAACAGCAGUGGUAGCGGAAGCAGCAGCAGCAGUGGCUCCUCUUCGAGUGGCAGCAGCAGCAGCGGCAGCAGCAGCGACGACGAUGAUGGCGGCGACAGCGCUGCUGACGGCGCGGCGGCCCGCCGCCGCCGCAGUGAGGUUGACGGAGCAGCAGGUGCUAGCGAACCCGCUGACGCAUCGCAACCUGUCAGCUGCGCUGCUACGGUGGUGGGUAUAUCGGUUGACGCUAAGGCGGCGCCGUCGACAGGAGUGGCAAACGGCAGUGCAGACGCCGAGAAAACGGCCCAUGAUGGCGACCGGAGGGCCGAUGUCUCACGGAGAUCGGACAGGGACAAGGAUCGAAGCCGCGAGCGAGAUCGGGACCGCGAGCGAGAUCGGGACCGCGAUCGUGAACGGGAACGGGAGCGGGAGCGGGAUCGUCGCGGCGGAAGGGAGCGCGGCGGCAGCGGAUCGUCACGACGGCACAAGCACCGCCGCUCCCGCUCACGGUCAAGGUCACGGUCAAGAUCUCGAUCCAGAUCUCGGCAACGGUCCCGAUCUAGAUCUCAGUCGCGUACCAAAUCUUCACGGGGCCUACGAUCUCGGUCAAGGUCGCGGUCGAGGUCACGGCCAAGGACGAAAGGAGGCAAGGAGGAUCCGGUGGCCUCUGGCAGGCCGGCUGAUGGCGGCAGGCAGGGAGCAAGUACGGCAGGGGCGGCAGCGGCGGAGCCGCCGCCGGCGCCCUCACGCCUGGAGCCGCCGGCGGUGUCGGCGGCGACGCCACUACUGACCGUCAUGCUCCGACGGCCACGUGCGCCUGCCGUCGCCGCCGCCGUUGCGCGCGUGAUGCGUCGUUUGACGGUAGCGGACCUGGCAGGCAAAUGCACCGUUGCCUGUACGGCGCUGGCGGCGGCAGCACCCGUCAGCGACGUCGCCGCCAACAGCGGCAGUGCCGCCGCUGCCGUGGCGGCGGCGGUUAUGGAGUCGGUUAUGACGCUACGUCAGCUGGCGGCGACGCUGCCAGACCUGGCGGAGGCGAUUGCCGCCGGCGCUGGAGGCCCUGGCGGUGCCGGCAGCAAUCGGGUGCCGCUGCUUAGCGGGCACCUCGCCGCAGCAAUCGGGCAACCCUCCGGCGGCGAUGGCCGACCGCCUAUUCCUGAGCCGCCAGCGCUUGACGCGCCAUCGCUACAGAUGCUUGCAUCACGGCAGAUCUUCCUGGCGCUGGCCGCCGCGGUGAAUGCCGUACAUGCCCACGCGGGCACGCUGCGUCACGCCCUGGAGGCCACCGCCGCCGCCGCGGCGGCGCAGGGUGGCGCGGACGCCGCCGCCGCGGCGGCAGCGGCUCAGCAGGCGGCGGUGUACGCACAAUCCCACCUGCAAGCCGCCCAUGCUGCACUCAUAUCUGGCCUGCGGAUGAUGCUAGCGCCGCUGCUGUCGACGCCAGCUGGCUUGGCGCUGGUAACGGCGCCGUCAUCUCGGCCUGGCGUCGCCGCGCUGGCGGCGGCGUUGGAUCCGGCGGCGGCGGAUGCCGCCGCCGUUGCAGCAGGCGCCGGCUGCCCCGCUUCGCGGAGAUCGGUAACUACCGCCGCGGCGGCGGCCGCUGCCGCCGCAGGCGGCGGCAGCGGAGCGGGUCCGGCAGCGGAGCUGGCUGCCAUGCUGUGUGACGCACUGACGGCUGACGCCGCCGUUAAGAUUCUCGCGGGCAGCGGCGCCGGCACGGGCGGUUCUGCGGCCGUCGUGUCCUCCGAUCACACUGCAAUCUACGGACCUAUGGGGCCGUCCAUCCUCACGUUGCUUCAGAUGUGUUCUGGCUCGGAGCCCGGUCGUCAAGCCGCAGUGCUCGCGUUGUCGUCCUCUCGGCCUGCGUUCGCGACGUUGCUGCGGGCUGUACGGCUGAGGUCUAGGGCAGCUAAGGCGUUGGCUGCGGCGGCGGCGGGUGGUCAAGGGGGUGGCGACGGGGCCGGAGGCGGCCGGGGGGGCCUACUGUACGAUGAAGAGGAGGAGCGUGACACGACCUUCCAGCCGGAGAGCCUGUACGGCAGUUCGUUGCUGUUGUGGGCAGUACGGGACACCCGCCUGCAGGCGCUUGCAGGAUGGCUGCCAAUCGCAGGCGCCAUUGCUGACGCGGCUCGCGGGGAGGCCGAGCUGCUUGCCGCGCCCGCGGGGGCGGCGUUGCUGGCAGCCAUCGGCUGUGAUGCGGAGCAGGCGCGGAGGACAGCCCGGGAGCUGCAGGGUCGGGCGGAGGCGGGUGUGGCGCUCAUGUCCGGUGGUGCGGCGGCGCUUGUACGGCAGCUGGAUGAGGUGCUGCCGCGGCUGGAGGCCAAGGGUGACAGCUCGCCACGCCAACGAGGCCGUCGAGUCCUAGACCUUCGUGCCGUCAUUGUCCUCAUCCGUGGCGGCAGCGGCACCGCAGAGCACCGGGUAGCCUCCGCCACCUCAUCCCUGGAGCUCCUUGCCGUACUUCUCCGUGGCGACAACCCAACCAACCGCCUAACGGCGGCCAAGCUGUACGGCUUGGGUGCCGUACCGGUUCUGGAGCGGGCCGUACGGACGGGUACGGAAGCCGUACGAGCGACGGCCUCUGACGCCGCGUGGGCACAUGCC